AUGGCCUUUCUAAUGAAAAGUAUGUUGAGCAACCAGGUAAAGAAUUUGGGACUUGGAGGUGGAGGGGAAGAAAACAAAGAAGAAAGCACUCCUUCUGAUCCAGCAGCAGCUGCAGGAAUGACCAGAGAGGAGUAUGAGGAAUAUCAAAAGCAAAUGGUUGAGGAGAAGAUGGAAAGAGAUGCAGCAUUUGCACAGAAAAAAGCAGAGCGAGCCGUUCUGAGGGUUCACCUGAGAGAAAAGUAUAGACUGCCCAAGAGUGAAUUGGAUGAGAAUCAAAUACAGAUGGCUGGAGAUGAUGUGGAGUUGCCAGAAGACCUUCAGAAGAUGGUGGCAGAAGAUCAGGAGGAGGAGGAGGACAAGGACUCUAUCCUGGGCCAGCUGCAGAACAUCCAGAACAUGGACAUGGAUGCCAUCAAAGAAAAGGCACAAGCCACCUUCACUGAGAUGAAACAGGCAGCUGAGCAAAAAUGUUCUGUGAUGUAGAAGAGCCACCACUGCCCAAGGGCUGUAACUUCAGUCUUGUGGUGCUGGGCCUGCAGGGGGAGAGCAGGCAGAGGGGUGCACGUAGCUCUAUAGCAUUCAGUGUAAAUAUAGAAAACUGAUGAGAGAGAGACUUAAAACCCUGAGGGGAGAAUAAAAAUUUACCUGCUGGGACUGCCUAGAAGGAAGUUAGAACUGAUCCUCAGUUUUGAACUAACUUUUUCCCCCCAUGGAAAAAAAUGGCUUUAAAGAAAUUAAUAUUGGGGAAAAAAUGUGCCUUUUCCCAUUUUUUUCCACGUGAUUGAAAUGCUAUUAAAUGUGUAUGUUUGAGCAAAAUUGUACUUCUGAUACAUCAC